AUGGUUGACGCCCAGUUUACAUACACCUACGAGUACCAAGGUAAUGCAGCGCGUCUGGUGCACACACCAUUAACGGACAAGUGCUAUCUGACACUGACGCAGGCCAUGCGGACUGGACUGGGAGGCAACCCAUACGGCCCGGCCGGCACUGGGAAGACGGAAUCGGUCAAAGCGCUCGGGGGUCUGUUAGGACGUCAGGUAAAGCCCAGUAGCUCCUGGGUCCUGUGGAAUUGGGAUGUUGAUUUAACGUUUAUGGCAAAAGGCUUUCUUGGUUCGCCUCGCUGUAUCAUACAAGAAGGGGGCUUUUAG